AUGGCGGCACAAGGCAAGUUUUUACAACUUCUAGGCGGCGGUCGUAUCCUUAUCUUAUCAACCAUACAGAUUCCUUUAAUCAUGUGGUCUUGUUUGGGAAUCUGUUGUGCCAGCUUGGUAGGAGCAAGUUUCGCGACUCAGGUAUGGCAAAUAAUCUUGUACAAGGAAUGUGUUUUCGGAAUAGGUGGUGGUGGUCUCUAUGCUCCUGUCAUUUUGCCGGAGUGGUUCUCUGUGCGCAAAGGAUUAGCUGGAGCAAUCAUCUUUGGAGGAGCUGGAAUCGGAGGUAUAUUUUACCCAUUGGCAUUAAACUACAUGCUCAAGGGGCUAGGUUUCAGAUGGACACUUCCCGCGCGUGCCUCCAGUUCGUCCCUCUGGACCGAGCCCCACCUUUAUUACUUUUGUGAAGCAGCAACUGGUCGUUUCUUAGCAGCCCGCUAUUUUUAUGCGUUGCCAUCUUUCCUUUAUUCAGGCUCUGGGUUACUUCCCAGUCUCACUUACAUGUCCGUUUAUACGACCUCCUUGGGCCUCCCGACAAUCGACGGAACUAUCGUUGUGGUCGUAUUUAGCGCGGCCUCUGUCAUUGGCCAAGUUGUUCUCGCAUCCGGAAUCGGGAGUUGCCUAUCCACCUAUUUGCUCUGGGGUUACGCGCACAGCCUAGGACUAAUAUUCGGAUUCGUCAUCAUGUUCGGUAUUCUGGCGGGAGGAUUUACAUCAACUUGGCCUGCAGCCUGUGCAGAUAUCGCCGGCCCGGAGAAUCCGGAGGUGAUACCGAACGUGUACGGCUUCUUGGGCAUUGCAAAGGGCGUAGCGGCCGUCAUCGGUCCCGUGGUGGCCGCCACUUUGCACCGCACUAAUGGUCCGGUUGUGAGGAAGCGUACAGUGGGUACGGGUUUCGGGAUGUGA